ACGUGGCACAAGCAGAUAGUGUUUGUGUUAGGCGGUGCGAGUCAGAGAGGGCGGGUACAGGUGUUUUGGAUCAACAGAAACGUAGUUCCUUCUACACGCUGCCACACUGAGCUCAUUCACGUCCGGGCUUGCACUACCUACUGACUGAUACACAUCUAUGGUGCUUCUGAGAGGCAUGAAUGACUUUGCAGUUCUUAACACAGGGCGCAAGAUGCCCCUCAUUGGACUGGGAACAUGGAAGAGUGAGCCUGGAAAGGUGAAACAAGCAGUUAUUUGGGCACUGGAAGCUGGGUAUCGCCACAUUGACUGUGCAUCCAUCUAUGGCAAUGAGGCUGAGAUUGGAGAAGCCCUGCAGGAAAAGCUUGGACCCGAAAAGUCCCUAAGAAGAGAGGAUGUGUUCAUCACAUCCAAGCUGUGGAACAGCAAACACCAUCCAGAUGAUGUCGAGCCAGCCCUCCUGAAGACCCUGAAGGACUUGAAGCUUGAAUACCUGGACCUCUACCUCAUCCACUGGCCUUACGCCUUUCAACGAGGAGACGUUCCUUUCCCCAGACAGGAGGAUGGCACUUUGCUAUAUGAUGACACAGACUACAAGCUGACCUGGUCUGCCAUGGAGAAGCUGGUGGGAAAGGGUCUUGUCCGAGCCAUUGGCUUGUCCAACUUCAACAGCAGGCAGAUUGAUGACAUCCUGUCGGUCGCCAGUGUCAAACCAACUGUCCUUCAGGUAGAAUGCCACCCCUAUCUGGCCCAGGUAGAGCUGCUGGCCCACUGUCGGGAUCGGGGCCUGGUGGUGACGGCCUACAGUCCAUUGGGGUCUGCUGAUCGAGCCUGGAAACAUCCGAACGAACCCAUCCUGCUGGAGGAGUCUGUGAUCUCUUCCCUUGCAGAGAAAUAUAAAAAGUCUCCAGCUCAGAUUCUCCUGAGGUGGCAGACACAACGUGGAGUCGUAACAAUCCCUAAGAGUGUGACCGAGUCCCGCAUCAAAGAAAACAUACAGGUGUUUGACUUUACCCUUGAAGCAGAAGAAAUGAAAAGUAUUGGAGCACUGACCAGAGGCUGGCGCUACAUCGUACCAAUGAUAGAAGUGGAAGGAAAGCGCGUUCCCAGGGAUGCCGGACAUCCCUUCUACCCUUUCAAUGACCCAUAUUGACAACUCACACUACAGCCUGAAUUUGUGCCUUCAACAACCCCAUCAACACACCUUCACCUUCCCACAUGACUGAUAAAUGUUCCUGGGUCCUGCCAUCGAAGUUUGUCUUUAGAUUUUGUUCAAUUCUGCACUUGCCGUUAGAGUAAUUCAAGUUACUAUUGGUGGUGGAGACUGAAAAACUGGUAACUGUAAACACACCGUACUGUAUGUGUUAAUUUUCUAAUAAACAUUUUGUUACUUCCCUUG